UUCGCCAGCCUGUUUUGGGCGGAGUUAUUUCUGGAGCACCGCCCCUUGCGCUAGGUGGGCGUGCCCAGCGCUCUCCACCUUUUCCCGGGAUGUCGCUCCUGCACACUCGGGCUCGGAGGUGUCAUGAUGCCGGGCUCGGUGCUCAGUGUGCCCGGUGUUUGGCUCCUGGUGCUGUUCGCCGUGCUGGUUCCGGGCCAGGCCCAUCUCUAUGCGGAGGAUGACCCGCUGGUGUCUCUGGAGAUCGGGGGCUCCGGGCUGAUGCUGAACUCCUCCAGCUGCUGGCUCGCCCAGUUCUUUGCCAGCUGGUGCGGGCACUGCCAGAUGUUCAAGGCGAACUGGAUGAUCCUGGCGCACGAUGUGAAGGACUGGAGGCCCGCUGUAUACCUCGCUGUGCUAGACUGCGCCAAAGAGUCCAAUAGCAAAAUGUGCAAUGAAUUUGGAGUGCAAGGAUAUCCCACUGUACAGUUCUUUAAUACGUUUACCAAAAAGACGACGGAUGGCAUCAAGUUGUAUAGUCGUGAUCCUGACAUGAUGAGACAUUUCAUUAUUGACAAACUGGAGGCACAAAAGGACUCCCCACCCCCCGCAUGUCCACCACUCGAGCCAAUCAGUGCCCCUGAGGUUGACUAUUUUUUUGAAAAUAAUGAUGAAUCCUUCCUAGUUUUGAUUUUUGAAGAACCUGGAAACUAUAUGGCAAGAGAGGUUGCUCUGGACAUGGUCCAGUAUCAGGGGGUCUCGGUACGGAGGGUUCUUAAGGACCAGUCUGAACUGAUAGAACGAUUCAAGGUAUCAUCAUUCCCAACUGGCUUCCUUCUAUGUAGAAAUGGAUCUAUUAGUACAAUAAACCUAAAGGAACAGAGUCGUGCAGAAUACACACAGUUCCUACGGUCGCUUCCUGGGGUGAAGAGGGUUAUCGUCAAUCUCAUUGAGUGGUCUGCAAACCCUGUUGAGGACACAGUGGUUCGGAGGACUGUAAAUAGUUCUGUUAUCUACAUGGCGGACCUUGAAUCCUCUAUCCAUUACUCUCUGCGGGUUGAGGUGGCUCGGUAUAGCAAAUUAAAUGGAGAUCGUCUCAAAGCCCUGACUAACUAUGUGUCUGUACUGAAAAAGUACUUUCCUGCUCGCCCUUUCUUGCGCACACUGCUGAAUUCUCUGUAUCCAUGGCUGUAUAACCAAAGAGCCAAGGUCGUGUCUUACAAGGAUUUUUUAGAUGCUGUAAAUAACAAAAAUCAGGAGCAGAAUGCUGUGCUGACUCCUCGUGUCAAUUUCGUCUGGUGUCUUGGAUCCAAGCCAGAAUUCCGUGGUUUUCCAUGUUCUGUCUGGACGCUGUUCCACCUGCUGACCGUCAGAGCUGCAGAGCUUGGAUCUGAACAGACCAAUCCACAGGAAGUUUUGAAGGCAAUGCGAAGUUAUGUCCGCUACUUUUUUGGCUGCAGGGACUGUGCUCAUCAUUUUGAGCAAAUGGCUAAAGAGUCUAUGGGCACUGUCCGCAGUUUGGAUGAAGCCGUCAGAUGGCUGUGGUUAAGUCAUAACCGGGUUAAUAGUAGACUGGCAGGGGAUGCAACUGAGGAUCCAGACUUUCCAAAGAUUCAGUGGCCUCCUACAGAGCUUUGUCCAGACUGCCAGAAAAUGGUUGACAAUAACAUGACCUGGGGUGAGCCUGCGGUACUCAGUUUUAUGAUGAAACGCUUCUCUGUAAACAAUUUAUCCUAUGACUAUUUGGAGGAUGAAGCAGUCCUGUUGGAGGAGCAGCGAAAAGCUACAGGUGGAGUCAGGCCCAAAAGGGAGAUUAAAGAUGAAAAAGCAAACCCUGAAAAACAAAGCCAAGAUAGUGAUAUCAUCCAGACAGUAAAAGCAGAAGAACCAGGAGAUACAGAUACAGCUUCUAAAGCAAAACCAAGUCUCCGCCACAGACCUACCAUAAUAAGAAUGAAAUAUUUUACAGCUUUGCAAGCUGAAAAAGGGGAGGAAGAAAACAUUGUGGAUUUAGAUUCUUUUGAACAUCAUAUUUUUCCUCGUAGGACAUUACAGGAUUCCAACUCCCACAAUAAUAGAUAUGCCAUUCAACCAGAGAAAAUGUUGGAUUUGCCUGAUUCUGAUUUUGACCAAGAAGCUGUAAGAGCUCGCCUGCUUAAAAGAGGGGUCAAUGCCAACUAUUUAAAUGGCGUGGUGGUAGAGAAUGGUGAUGUAAACUGGAAAGGGCGUUGGGUGAAGGUGCUAGAAGUUGGAUUCUCUAAACUGGACAUCAGCAUUUGUGUCAUACUGUAUUUCCUCACCAGCAUGUGCCUACUAGCUAUGUACCUUUAUUUAACUUUCCGGUCCCGCCUCAGACAGCGAUGUUUUCGUCCACAGCCAUGACUCAAGUCACUGUAGUGCGGUUUUAUAGUAUUACAGAGCUAAUGUUUUAAUCCUUUACAAGAGAACAAGGUGCCUUUUUUAUCUGUGGACAUUCUGUACCGAUAGAGCACAACCACUCAAGACCAAAGCUAGACUCAUCAUAGUUGUCUUGCUUUUAAAAAAAAUAAAAAUUAGACUUUUGAGAAAAAAAUUGCUGUAUUUGGUGUAUUGUAACCAGAAAAGAAGUUCAGAAAUUCUUGAACAUAGACAUAAAGAAAAUUCAAAUGAUUUAGUAUUCUUCAGUAGUUCUAAGGAGGUAAUGUGUCAUCAUGGGAAGACCGUCAAACUGGCAUAGGCAGUGUUAGAGGCCAUGCAAUGCUCCCUGGCAAGUAUCCCAGCCAGUGGGCACCCUUCUCUGUACUGACAAGAAAUAAGAACCGCAAAACAUCAGUCCUUAGAUAAGUUUAUAUCCGUUUGGAGAAAAAAAUCUGGUUUAGUUUGUAAUCCCAAGUCAAGUUUCAG